AUGGGAGGCAUCUCUGAAAAGAAAGUCGAAUACUUCAACAGGCUCCGUGAGCUUUUGACCGAGUACAAGUCCAUCUUCCUUGUUGGAGUUGACAAUGUCUCGUCUCAACAAAUGCACGAGGUCAGAAAGGACCUUCGUGGUGAGGCCGUCGUCGUCAUGGGUAAGAACACCAUGGUUAGACGUGCUUUCCGUCAAUUCAUUGCUGAGUUCCCUGACCUCGAGAAGGUUUUGCCUUUCGUCAAGGGUAACAUUGGUUUUGUUUUCACCAACGCUGACUUGAAGACCAUCCGUGAGUCCAUUGUCUCCAACCGUGUUGCUGCUCCCGCUCGUGCUGGUGCCGUUGCUCCUAAGGACGUUUGGGUUCCUGCUGGUAACACUGGUAUGGAGCCUGGUAAGACCUCUUUCUUCCAAGCUCUCGGUGUCCCCACCAAGAUUGCUCGUGGUACCAUUGAAAUCGUUUCCGAUGUCUUGGUCGUCGAGGCUGGUACCAAGGUUGGUCCUUCCGAGGCUACUCUUCUUAACAUGCUUAACAUCUCUCCUUUCACUUACGGUUUGACUGUUGAGCAAGUUUACGACAAUGGUCAAAUCUUCGCUCCUUCCAUCCUUGACAUCACUGAUGAUGAGCUCACUGGUCACUUCUUGGCUGCCAUCAAGACCAUUGCUACCAUUUCUUUGGCUGCUUCUUACCCCACCUUGCCCGCUGUUGGUCACUCCAUUGUCAACCACUACAAGAACAUCUUGGCUUUGUCUAUUGCCACUGACUACACUUUCGAGGGUUCUGAGGCCAUCAAGGACCGUAUUGCCAACCCUGAGGCUUAUGCUGCUGCUGCUCCUGCUGCCGCUGCUUCUGGUUCCGCUUCUGCUGCCGCUGAGGAGGCUGCUGCUGAGGAAGAGCCUGAGGAGUCUGAUGAGGACAUGGGUAUGGGUCUCUUCGACUAA